AUGUCAAGCCGAUGGGACUCUGCCAACGCGGAGGCCUCGGCCUCUUCCGCACAGCCCUCCUCCUCCUCAUCCUCGGGCAACGCUGCCGCUGCCGCUGCAGCCGCCGCCGCCAAGAUCGCAGCACAGCUCGCCGCUCAGAUGCCAUCUUCAUCCGCAAACAACCAAUCUGCCUCCUCUUCUGCUGAAGCGCAGAACAAGGAUGCCACGCGCGACGCACACGACGCGGACUUCACCCACGACAUCGAGAUCAACGACCAGCGCAACCGGUACGUCCUCACAAGAGGCCAAACACAGCAGCAGAUCCACCGCGAAACCGGAGCCAGCAUCACAACCAAGGGCACAUGGUACCCAGACAAGGCGCUCGCCACCAAGGAAGACCCGCCACUCUACCUCCACAUCAGCGCCAUCUCGCAGCAGAUCCUCGAUGCCGCCAUCGCCAAGGUCAACGAGCUCAUGGCACAGGACAUGCCACAGCUCGUCGAAGACCGCCACCAGCGCCGUCUCGACUACGAGAAUCAGCGCCCGCCACCGAGAGAGCGACGCCGAUGGCCAGAAAUCAAGAUCCCCAUCAACCUCGAAAGCAUCCGCAACUUCAACAUGCGCUCCAAGAUCGUAGGUCCCGGCGGCAUGUUUGUCAAGUACAUCCAGAGCGAGACGGGAACACGCGUACAGAUCAAGGGCCAGGGCAGUGGAUUCAUCGAGAGCGACACUGGCACCGAGCUGCCUGAGCCCAUGCACAUCGCCAUCGCUGGGCCAGAGGACGACCAGAUCCAGGCAGCAAAGGCGCUCGCCGACGACCUUAUGGAGGUCGUCCGUGCAGAGUGGCAGAAGGCGUUCGACGCCAUGAACGGCGGAUACGGUGGUGGGCCCGGCGGGCAGCAGGGCGGAUACGGUGGGUACGCAGGCGGUGCGGGUAGGGGCGGCGGCGGCGGCGGCGGCUACGGCCGUGGAGCGCCACAUGGGCGAGGUGGCAGCCCGAGCGGAGCCGGUGGGUACGGACACCAAUCUCCGCACGCAGGCUGGGAGCAGCAGCGCGGAUGGAAUCAGCAGGCCUCGCAACCAUACUCGCAGAGACACAAUGGCGAUCCCGUUCCGCCCACGCCAGACGGUGCUCCACCGCCGCCACCGCCCGAAGACGACGCUCCGCCUCCGCCGCCCACGGACGCCGGCAACGCUCAGCCCUACUCCAACCAGCCGCGCAGCAGCGGUCGACCACACGCCUCGUCACCCGCCGGCUCCUCACCCCAGACCGGCCACCGCAGCACAGCAGCAGGAGCAGCCGCGAAGCCGGCAGCAGCAGCCAAGUCGCCCGAGGAGGAGGCGCUGGACAAGUACUGGCGCGAAUACGUCGAGUGGGAAAACAGCUUCCGCGCCUACCACAACCGCGCACCCACCAAGGACGAGGGCGGCCAAGACGUUCCGCCGCAGUACCGCAAGUAA